AUGGCCGGGGCAUCUUUGGUCGGAACGAUGCCGGGAAGAGGAGGGCCGGGGCUGGGUGCAUCGGGGAAUACCUCCUUGAUGGCGUCGCUCACUCCGGAUGAACUUGCAGAAAUUCGCGAGUACGGUAAACUGCUGCGAUUUCGUGAUGAGGUCGUUGGCGGAUUGCACCCUCGCAUCAAACCAUCCCAUCCCCCAGGAAAAGCCGCCCAAAACCAAAAAGCACAGGCACCCGCUUCAGCUGUGCCGGCACCUUCAAAGCCAGUCAAAGCAAAGAGCGCUGUAAUUGACAAGUCGCAGUCUCGGCAAGCAAACAGGCAACGGGCGCAGGUAAACAUGGCUUCGGGUGUUCCUGGUCUGGGGACGCUGUCGGGCGCACUUGGCAGCGCGAAAGCCUCCGGGCCCGGAAAGACCGAGAUCCAUCCUGUGCUCUUGGAAAAGUCUGACGACUUGGUCAAGGCCGAGAUCCAGCUGCAACGGCAACGUGUGGAGCGCAGCCUCAAGGAGCAACUUGACCAGCACCGUGGCCCGAAACGGGCAUCGAAGCAGUUGGCCGAGCUUGACGUCGCCGAUAUUUUGGCGAAGGCCAUGUCGCUGGUCCUUGCGACUCCGCUUGCCCAGCCUACUGACGACACAGCUGCUAAUGUCUCAGCGUCGAACGAUUCGGCCGAUGAUGACACUUUCUAUUCGAGCCGGCACGACACCCCCGAAUCGAACAUGGUGUCUCGCCUUCCCAACGAGUCUGAGGACGAAGAGAUGCGAGAGGGAUCACCGUACGAGCCUGAACUCGAUCUUAGUCCCGUCGUUCUGCAACCCCAGCCCGCUAUCUUGCCACAGCAACAGCCGAACCCCGCAAUGCAGGCUCAAUCGGCCCCGACCUCCGGCGUAACGGUGCCUGGUCUGUCGAUUGACGCCAGUAGUUCUACAAGGGUACAUGUGCCUCAAGCACCCGCAGCUUUCGCUGCGGUGCAGCAGGACUCGGGAGGGCGCUCGGAAGAAUCGACCCAGACGGGGAGCACGCAGUUGAGUGGCUCGCAUGACCUUGCGCGGGUAAACGAGAGAUUGCUGAAUCAGGCUCUGGUUCGCGAUCCUCCCCUUGUUCGUGGGCAUGAUCUCUCCCCUGUCGCGCCUCAGCCCACCCAUGUUUUACCGCCAGCCAUAGCGAGGGAGCCGCAACUGGGCCCUGCAGAGUCUGGCAGCGCGUCGCAGGCUCCUCCCGCGCAGGUUGCGGCGUUGAGAAAGCAACCUUCCAAUGGUUCGAGCCCAGAGAGCUCACCCCACAGUAGCAAAGCCGCCGAGAAGAAGAAAAACAAGAAGAAGAAGAGAAAGGCUGACCGACUCGCCGCUGACACUGCGGCUGAUUCUCCGUACAUCAAACCAGAGCCGCGGUCUCCUUCGCCGCUGACCCCUCAGUUUGCCCGCCCCAAUAAGCGCCAGAGGUAUUCACAACAACAACCGGUAGAGAUCCAGGAUGAUGAGCCCAGGUAUGAACAGCCAAUGCCAGCCGAGACCGGUUACCAAGGGCGCUACCAGCCCAGGGUCGUUAGGCAGGAACGGGUUGUGGGUUAUGAGAGAGCCGAUGAGUAUCGCACUCAUCACGGCGAAGAGCCCAUUCUUGUCGCCUCCCCGAGAUAUGAGAGGGUGUACUACGAUGACUACAGAGCGCCGCCUCCUAGCGGUUACCCAGCUGGGCCAGAGCCAGUCCAGUAUGUCUCUAGGGAAGUACGUACUAUGCGGCCUGCGUCACGCGUUGUGGAGGGUUCUUAUGAGGACGGUGCUACUUACCGCGAUGUUCGCACUGCAUCGAGGAUGAGCGUGCGUCCCGCAGCAUAUCCCGAGCGUUCGCAGUCUCCGUCCGGAUAUGAGCGGCCGUCUGUGGCGAUGCCUCCUCCCAGGACAGCGGCGCGCCGCAUAAUUGUCGAUGCCUUUGGUCGCGAGUACCUGGAGCCGGUUCGCCCAGCCACCAUCGCUAGGGAGGAGGUGGCGGCCGAGCCCAGGGGUCCCUAUGAGCGAGUCCUGGCUCCGCGUGGCAUUUCGCACCGGCCGGAGCCGCUCGACGACGACGCGGUGCUCUACCACCCAACUUCACCGGCGUAUUCGGCCCCCAGACGCGUGUUCACACAGCCGGAGUACUCCUACCGGGAACCCGCCGGGCCAAGCAACCCCAUGGCCCCUCCCACGGCCGAAUACCUACCCUCCCGUCCAGAGCCCCCGCUGGAGUACAUCGCCCGCUCCGCCAGUGUCCGACCCCCGAUGGAGUCGGCCCGCUAUGACACUUACGAACAACGAAUCCCGGCCCCCAUCGACGACCGUCCGCUCGCCCCUCCAAGGGAAUACUACCGCGCCGCUACCGCCCGCCCGGUGAUGGGAGAGGGCCACCUCCCCCCACUGCCCAGGGAAUAUGCGGCGGCGACCCCCGGCGGCAGACGGGUGGAGUAUGCCCAUCCCGGCCCUCCCCCGCUGGGUCCGGCGGGCGGUGCGGCCCCCGUCGGAUAUCAGUACCACCCGCAGGGUGCCGGGAUCGAGACUAUGCUCCCACCGGCCCCGCCCGCUCGUGCGUAUAGUGUUGCGCCGGGUGAGAUGGUGAGGAUGGAAUACCCCCCUGUGACGCAGCAGCAGCAGCAGCAGCAGCAGCAGCAGCCGCCUGUGGAGAGGUACUAUGGUCGUCCGGGACAGGAUGAGGAGGUGGUGUUUUUGGAGAGGGGGCCGUCGGGGAUGAUGGAGGGGUAUCGCUGA